AUGAAAUAAAACAUGUCCAAAUCAACUAUGUAGGAUACUAAGGUUUCAUAUGAUGCACCUCCUUUGGACUUCUCCAAUCUGAAUAUCAAAUCAUUGGCUGAUUUAAAACAUGCUAUACCGAAGCAAGGGAAACGUAAGUAGGCUCCGAUCGAUGAAUAGAAGGAUGAUAAAAAGAAGGAAAAGCAGCAGCAACAACAAUAAGAAAACGAGAAUAUUCAAGUGCAAUAGAAUCAAUAACAGGAAUAAGAGGAUGAAGAUAAGUUAGAAGGGGAUGAGAAAGAGAGAGAAAAGCGGGAGUUGCAGAGAUAGAAGGAGGAAAAAUUGACACCAGUAAUUGUGCGAACAAUUGGAUAACCUGUCUAACAAUCAACCAACGUGUACAAGCCAACAAUCGAUGAGAAAAAAUAAACUAAGAAGCAAUUUUAAGUACAAUUAAUCCAGUGUUCUUUGAUCUUAAGUUACAAUAAAUUGACAUCCUUGCAUAACUUUUACAAUAUCAUUGAUCAAAUAAUGAUCAAUUGUAAGCAAUUGCAGUGGAUUGAUCUAUCGCAUAAUAUGAUUGAAAGUCUAGAUUAUAAUUUUGCUGAAUUACCAAAUGUAAAGGCGUUGUACUUGCAUGCGAACAAACUAAAGGACAUAAUGGAAUUUGAUAGAUUGCAGUGUUUGACAGAAUUGAGGACUUUGACUGUUCAUGGAAAUCCCUUUGAUGCCAUUCCAAAUUUUAGAUUGUAUAUAAUUGGAUUGUUGCCGACCAUUAAAAAACAAUGCGAAUGUGUGGAGAAAUACGUUUAGAAUGAUUAAACCACCUAUAAUUAAAAUAUGAAACUUAAUCUCGAAAUUUUAAAUUACGAUAAUCCGCUAGCUAACUUCUUAGUUAAAAUCAAGUACGGCACUUAAGUUCAUUAAACUACUGUGGGAAACAAUUGGAAUCAAAAGUUCACUCUUGAUGUGAAGAAGGCAGUUGAUUUAAAAGUGGAAGUAUGGUAGAAAGAUGAAGAAUUUCAUUUGAUUGGAGAAUCCAUAGUUCCAAAGUAAGAAUAGAUCCACCAACUUGACAUUGUGGGACAAGGAAAAAAAGAAGGGGUUCUGGUAGUAGAAUACAAGGAAGUAGAGCUUCAAAAUCCUAAAGUCAAUCAUAAAUUAGAAAAGCCAUAAUCCUUAAUCAAAAGAUUGAAUGAGUCCUUAAGUGCUGAAGUUCAAAAUAAUUAUGGAAAUAUCUAAGAGUAUUUCGCAUAAUAAUUUGAGAAUCACGAAUUGAGUCAUUAAUCUAAAUAAACAGCUUAAAAUUUAACAAUGGAAUCAUUGUAGAAAGUCAUAAAAGGAUUGAAAAUUAAUGAGAAUCAAUUUCAUUUCGAUGAUUACGAUUAGAAGAAUGUUAUUGAAUAAACUAAAAUUAAAGCUCUUUAGAAGGAACUCAUUAAGAAGGAUCUACAAAAAUAUGAGAAGAGCAGGAGAGAAGUUAAUUUACAAAUCCUAGACUUGGAUGAUAUGGAUUUGAGAUUUGAAUAGCCAGAACAGAAGCAAUAGAUUUUGAGUUUAAGAAAAGAGCUAGUCUAAAAGUUAUUAUAUAUCGAAGAAAAAAUUGAACACUUAAAGAGACAUUUGAAAUUGGAUUAGCUGAAUAAACAUGCAUCUCAAUCUAUUAUGAACAGUAUGGCAGAGUUGAGUUAGAUUAGUAUGUAUAGAGAACCAAUUCUUAAGCCUGAAGUGGAUCCAUAGAAGGAACAGCAGAGACAAGAGUUUAUUAAGAAAUAAAUGAAGGAAUGGAAUGAAUUAUAGGAAUAGAGAUUAAAGCAGAUAGAAAUUCAAAAAGAAAGAAUAUAAAAGACUGAAGAUAAAAUAAGAAAGUAGCAAGCACUUAUUCAAGAGGCUAAGACUAAAGAAAAGAGAGAGGAGAUUGAUUAAAGAUUGAAUAAGUUGAAGGAGAAAUAGAAGCAAAGAGAAUAAGAUUUAUAAGAAUAAAACAAGCGAUAUUUGGAGAAGAAGAAGCAACAUCAUCUAGCAGAGAAGUAUGCUUAAUAGGAUGCAGCGUAUAUGAUGCAGUUGUAGGAAAUUAGAAAAAAUAAGUUAAAGGAGAUGAGGAAUCCUGAAUUUGAUUUGCAGGAAAUUAUGCAAUUUGAUAAGAAAUUUAUAGAACUUAGAAAGGAAAAAGCAGCAGAGAGACAAAAAGAGUGGGAUGAGAGAGAAAAACAAUGGAACAAGUUCUAAGCAUAAUAUUACUCUUAGAGUUAUAAGAGGGCUAGACAGUAUUACAAAGAGUAAGACUCAAAAGUGGAUGAAAACAGACUUAGAGCCUAGGAAAGAAUCAAUUUGCAGAGAUCAUAUGAGAAUGAGGUGAAGUAGAGAUAUCAACCUCAUGUGAGUUAAGAGAAGAGAUAAGAAAUUGAGGAGAACAAAAGGAAAUUGAAAUACGAACCGGAUUUUAAAAAAUACAGAGAGUUAUCUGAGAAGGUUAAAGAAAAACAUAUAUAUUUUGGAGUUGAUCAGAAGGAUUAAUCAAGCAACAAGAAAGUGAAGCUGAAGCCAUUGGAGAACAUCCCUACUCCCAUUUCACCUAGACGUAUAGGGGACUUCUAUUUGAAGGAGCAUGCUACUUACAAUAAGAAACAUAUUCCUCCAUUGCCAAGACCGCCUGAACCACCUAAGUCAAGUUAAUCGGAAUAAAAGUUAGUUAUCAAGGAUUAUUUGAAAGAGCAGAGAAUCAAAAAGCAGUUGAUAGAAUAAUAAUCAAUGAAAAAUAUGAACCAAACUUAAGGAUUGGAAAAUGAUGACUAGAAGAUGAUUAUGUAAAUUAAAAAGCAAUUAGAAAAAUUAGAACAUAUUUGA